AUGGAAGGGCAGCCGGGUCCUCCGGCCUGCGAGCCCCCCUUUUCGCAGAGGCUCUCCCCCCUUUCCGAAGGAGAUGGGCCUGAAGGUGAAGAAGAGCAGGAGGAAGAUCAGGAGGAGGACGCAGCUGGGAUGCAGCCAAGAGAAGAGCCAGGGGAAGGCUCCCCGGAGCGGCUAGGACAAGCUUCUCCGCACCGCUCGGGACGGUGCUGCCGCAGGCAGGGCUCUCUCACCCCUUGGGGUGCAGGCAGGCCCUGCCAGAAGACUGAUGAGGAUGAGGGGGCUUCCCCGUGCCAUCAGGUGCCGGGGGAGCUGCGGCCGUGCCGGCGGAAGCACCGGCUGUGCCUGAAGCCCGAGACAAGCCGGGCCCCUGCAUCCCCAGGACAGGGGGAGAACGCCGAAGAGCCGGGACCCUCCCGGGGGAAGAGGCUGCGGUUGAUCUGGGGCCGGACAGGUGGCUUCAGACAGAGGGCGAUGGAGAACGGGCUGGAGGAGGCACCGCGGAGCAGCGAGGAAGAGGAGGAGGAGAGAGGGUCUCGGUCCUGCUCCCCUGAGCUGCCCCUUUCUGGCGAUGCCCGUCCCAAGCCGGACUUUGUGCAGCUGAUCGACGAGCGCGGCAUCUACUCCACCGCCAAGCUGGUGCUGGGGAGUACGGUGGGUGAGCUGGAGGAGGCGGCGGUGGGGCUGCCGGCCCACCCGAAGCGGGGAGCGAGCGGUGUCGGCGAGCUGGAGAUCCGCGAGGUGAUCGUGGACGAGAAGCCCUUCCAGUGCGGUGUCUGCGAGAAGGCCUUCAAGCGGGCUUGGGAGCUCUUCAGCCACGAGGUGGUACACAACGAGGAGCGUCCCUUCCGCUGCGACCUCUGCCAGGCCUCCUUCAAACGCCACUCGGACUUCAAAAGCCACCGGCUGGUCCACACGGAGGAACGACCCUUCCGCUGCGAGCUCUGCGGCAAGCGCUUCAAGCGUUCCUCCAACCUCCAAGAACACCGGCGCAUCCACAGCGGCGAGCGUCCCUUCCGCUGUCCCCGCUGUGCCAAGAGCUUCAAGACCCCCUACGAGCUGCAGCGCCACGCGCUCACCCACUGCGCUGAGAAGCCCUUCAAGUGCGCCGACUGCGGGAAGGACUUCCCCACCUCCAACGCCCUCCUCCUCCACCAGCGCCAGCACUGCGAUGACAAACCCCACGUCUGCGGCGUCUGCGGUAAGAAGUUCACCUACGGGCACAGCCUCAAGGUGCACGAGCGGGUGCACACGGGCGACCGCCCCUUCGUCUGCCCGCUCUGCGGCAAGGGCUUCAAGCAAUCCAACGCCCUCUCCUCCCACGAGCGGGUACACACCGGCGAGCGCCCCUUCGUCUGCAAAACCUGCGGGAAGGCCUUCAAGCAGUCGUCCUACCUGGUGAUCCACGAGCGGGCGCACACGGGGGAACGCCCUUACAAGUGCGAGGUGUGCGGGAAGGCUUUCGCCCGGCCCUCCUUGCUCCUCCAGCACCACCGCGUGCACAGCCAGGAGCGACCCUACAAGUGCAGCUUCUGCCACAAGUUCUUCAAGGACCUGGCCUACCUGGCCGUGCACGAGAAGGUGCACACGGGCGAGACCCCCUACAAGUGCAGCGUCUGCGACAAGGGCUUCGCUCACCCCUCCAACCUGCUGCAGCACCAGCGUGUGCACCGCGACGGCUGAGCCCUGGUCCGGCGAGCGCAGCCGUGGUGUUGCCAGGCCGCGGCGGCCGUAAGCACGCCGCCACCGACAGCAGACGAGCCCCAGGCUGGGGGACCCCGUACGUGCGCCCGAGGACUGGCGUGGACCCCCGAAAAGCUGCGGUGCUUCUCCUGAGCCCCAGCCCUUUGCCAAACCUGGAGCCACGCCAUGCUCUCUUCCUCCGUCUGGGGGGGGUGAUCCCAGUGGGACCCUCCCCAAGCCCGUGGGCCAGGGUGGCUGCAAGCUGCUGGAGGGCAUGCCGUGGCUCGUGGCACACCAUCAGUGGGCAGGCAGGAGCCCUCUUCUUUGCCCUCAUGCGGGGAGGAGGGCUGAGACCCCCUCUAAGUUGUCCCAAGAUCCCCCUCCCCAGUCAUCCCAGUGAGCGUGGCUCAGCCCGGACUGGGGAGCCCCCAGGGAGUUGGGGCACACUGUUGCCUGCAGUAGGGGACAGACUUGCCUGGUUUUUUUGGGAGGGAGAUACGACGACGGUACGGGUAGCGGAAAGGAUCGCGGGGAAGAACGAGGAGCGGGCACCUCCCUUUCCCGCUGAAGCCUUUUUGGGUUCAAGUGUCCCGUCCAUAUCUCAUGCUGCUGCUAAUGACCCGGUUAAUCACCCCCUUUUUUUCCGCCCUGGGGCGCUGGCGGCGCUGGUAGGGAGCAGAAGAAAGGGGGGGGACAUGCUGCUGCUGUCCACUUUGGGAGCCUCAGCAAGCGACGCCUGAUGCUGGAAGUUGUCCAACCGCUCCUGGGACUUUCCAGGCAGGAACCUGGAUGGGGUACGGGCAAGCGAGAGACGACUAGCCCCCUGCAUCAUUAUCCUCCUCCUCCUCUCUCGCUUCCCGGAGCUACCUCUGCGCUGCCACCGGAGCUUGGAUUUGUCCCCCCUUGGCUGAUGGCUGCUGGGCGGAGGGUGGCACGUGGACCUUUGCUCGCGAGGGUGAGACAGGAGACCUGUCCUCACCCGCGCUGAUGCCCUUGUGCUAUCCCUCGGACUCCUGGAGAUCCCGGGUCCUACCCCGUCCCCACUUUUCGUACGGUCCCUGUAGCGCUGGGAACGGGGAGCUGGGAUGUGUGCGCUCCUCGGCGCUCUGCACACUAAUUACAGGAUGGUUAUUUAACGAUGGCUCUGUCUCAUAGCCUCCUCCAGCUCGCCGCCUUGUCCGGCUCAGUCUUGACAUGGGCUUUUGGUGCUGGUACAGUCCUUGGUGGUCUUGCCUC